AUGGGUUGCAUUUGUGGUAAGGUUUCGGUAACAGAAGAUAGCCGGGAGAACACAAGGGAGAGACAAUUGAAUAAAGAGUCCUCGGAUUUACAUGUGCCUCGUGUCAUUUCAUCGAAAAGAGAGGAGAGUUUUCGGGUAAAGAAUAGACCAGGCAGUGGUGAUCUAAGAGUUGGAGUAGUUGAAAAGAAGGCCAAUAAUUCGAAAAGGGUGAGGGAUGAUCAUUUUGAGGGGAGGAAAGAGAAUUCUGAAGUAGUAGUCGUAAACUUUCCAGGGAUGGGAAGUGUUCCUAAAGCUAUGGAAGGAGAACAGAUUGCGGCAGGUUGGCCAUCUUGGUUUGUGGCAGUGGCGGGUGAAGCUAUCAAGGGAUGGCUGCCAAGGCCUUCAAAUUCUUUCGAAAAGUUAGACAAGAUUGGCCAAGGAACUUACAGUAGCGUGUACAAGGCUCGUGACCUCACUAAUAAUAAGAAAGUUGUUGCUUUAAAAAGGGUACGAUUUGAUAAUAUGGAUCCUGAGAGCAUCAAGUUUAUGGCAAGGGAGAUCCUUAUUUUGCGUAGGCUUGACCAUCCAAAUGUUAUCAAACUAGAAGGCUUGGUAAUAUCGCACACAUCAUGCAGUUUAUACCUUGUUUUUGAGUAUAUGGAGCAUGAUCUUACAGGACUGGCAUCGCUCCCUGGUGUCAAGUUCACGGAACCACAGGUUAAAUGUUACAUGCAGCAGCUGCUGAGUGGACUUGAGCAUUGUCAUAGUAAUGGUGUUCUACAUCGUGAUAUUAAGGGUUCAAAUCUUUUAAUUGACAAUCAUGGGAUCUUGAAGAUUGCGGAUUUUGGCUUAGCAAGCUUCUUUGAUCAUCACCAAUGUGCGCCCUUGACCAGCCGUGUAGUGACUCUUUGGUAUCGGCCGCCCGAACUUUUACUUGGAGCCACUCACUAUGGAAUUGCAGUGGAUCUAUGGAGUACUGGCUGCAUACUUGGAGAACUAUAUACUGGCAAGCCUAUCAUGCCUGGAAGAACUGAGGUAGAGCAAUUGCAUAAAAUUUUUAAGCUUUGUGGCUCGCCUUCUGAGGAUUAUUGGAGGAAAUCAAAACUACCUCAUUCAACAGUGUUCAAACCUCUGCAGCCUUAUAGACGUCGUCUUGGAGAAACAUUUAAAGAUUUUCCUGCUGCUGCUGUAGGGCUUAUGGAGACCUUACUUUCCAUAGAUCCUGCAAUUCGGGGAACUGCAGCAUUGGCUCUUAAAAGUGAGGUAAAUACCUAG